UCGUUCAUUUUUUCAGUCUUUACUUUCGUUCUGCUAUUUAUCGUUAAUUUAUCGCUGUUUUAUCGUUCCGACUCAAUCCAACUUCAGUUUAUCGCUUCGUUUUGUCUUUGACUUGCUUUGACUUUGUUUUCUCACCUUCGAGUAUCUGAAUCUUUGUGCAUCCUCUGAUUUUGGUUCUUCUCUUAAAUAUUUGCUCACGUUCGCUGCAAUUGCUUCUUCUAGAUAUAUAUAAUUUUUUAGUUCUAGCCUUCCAGCUUUCAGGUCGGGUGCGACGUUUCACUGUGUCGGAAUCUGUUAUUGGUUCAAAAUUUGGAUCUUCAACCGCUUGAGAUCCAGGAGGCGUGGUUUUUAAAAAAUUGUACGGAAAUGAGUUUCAGUUUUGUCGUUUAUUGACCCCUCAUGAUUUAAGGAGGGGCUGUGGUGAUAGAUUUUGCUCUGUUCCGGAGAAGAAAAGUAAAAGCCAAAAUUAGCCUUUAGAGAAAUUAAAUGAGAGGCCUUUUAAGAAAGUUGAAGCAUCUAAUUUGAUUUUAGAUAUUUUUUAUGAUGGGUAGUUUAUUUUAGUUAAUUGGGCAAACUUCAUUUAUUUUAGUUAAUUUUUUCUAAAUAAAUAUUUAUUCAGAAUUCUGUCCUAACAAGUGCUGCUACUGGCCUAUGGGAAGAGCUAGUAGCGAGUGUUUUGGGUGUUUGUCUUUGGUUAGAUGAAAAGCAAGUGCGAAUGAAGAUAUAUUUAUUGAUACUUAGAAUUCAUCUGGUCAUGAUAUUCAGCUAUAUACAUUUGCUGAAUGUAGUCAGGAGGAUUAUAGUUUUGGGUAAUAAAAAGAAUGUCAUGCGCCUGGCUAUUAAUUGAUAUCAAGUUAUCCAUCAGGUCAUAAAUACGAUUGUCUUUUUUUUAAAAACUCAGUUUUUGCUGUACUAUCGUAUCCAAAUAUGAGUUCCGGAAUGAUCACUUCUUUACCUUAUUUCCUCUUGCAGUACUCUUCCACUGUAGUUUUCCUUUUUUAUUAAGUUUUGGAGUUGCACUGGAGUGCUGGAUUGUUUAUGAAGAAUUUUUUGUGUGGGUCUUUGCUUGACUCGUAUUAGAUCAGGAGGUUUACUUUUGAUCAAGUACCUGCUAUCCCUAUGUAUAAGCAUGGUAAGUAUUUUAAAUUUUGCGACACCCGUCCCGUUCUUCAUGGAAAUUGUUGAUCGAGUGAUUCCUUCCUACCCAGUACUCUUCAACCUGAGAAGGAAGAGGACAAAAGAGAUACACUAACUAUCUCAAGUUGCCAAUAUAAACUGAAAAGUUCCUGUGAAUGCAGGACUUCUGGCAUACUGUUGUUUGAUCAAUCAGGUUCCAUAUUGGUUGAGGAAGCCUAGAGUCAAUAUUUAGUUAUUGCAACCGGUUGUGUUUCUGAUGGAUGAUGCUGGGCAUCGUGAAAAUGGUAGGCACAAAGCAGAUCAGUAUAAAUCUGCUCAGGGGCAGUGGCUGAUGCAACAUCAGCCUUCCAUGAAGCAAAUCAUGGCAAUUAUGGCCGAAAGAGAUGCAGCCAUCCAAGAAAGAAAUCUGGCCAUUUCUGAGAAGAAGGCAGCAUAUGCUGAGCGUGACAUGGCAUUUCUGCAGCGAGAUGCUGCAAUUGCUGAACGAAAUAAUGCAAUUUUGGAACGGGAUAAUGCGAUUGCAACUCUUCAGUAUCGAGAAAGCUCGAUAGGUAGUGGCAGUAUGCCAUCAUGUCCUCCAGGAUGCCAAAUUUCACGUGGUGUGAAGCAUAUACAUCAUCCCCAGCAACAGGUACACCAUAUACCUAACAUGGGUGAUCCUUCUUACAACGCAAGGGAAAUGCACACAACCGAUGCCCUCCCUGCAGCUCCCAUCACUUCUGAGGCAGGGAAAUCAAGACGGGCCAAGCGGCCCAAGGAACCGAAGUCAACUUCACCUAAUAAGAAGACUCCAAAAGCAGCAAAAAAAGUGAAAAAGGAGAGUGAAGACCUGAAUAAGGUUAUGUUUGGCAAGGCACAUGAGUGGAAAAAUGGUCAGGAAAUGGUGAACGGAGGCGAUGAUCUUAACAAGCAGUUAGUAGUGUCUAAGGCUGAUUGGAAAGGUCAGGACUUGGGAUUGAACCAAGUGGCUUAUGAUGAGUCAACGAUGCCAGCGCCAGUAUGUUCUUGUACCGGUGUCCUGAAGCAGUGUUACAAAUGGGGGAAUGGAGGUUGGCAGUCUGCCUGUUGCACAACCACUCUUUCAAUGUAUCCACUUCCUGCAGUGCCGAACAAGAGGCAUGCUCGUGUUGGAGGUCGGAAGAUGAGUGGUAGCGCUUUCAACAAGCUGCUUAGUCGCCUUGCCGCAGAAGGUCACGAUCUGUCAAACCCUGUUGACCUCAAAGACCAUUGGGCCAAACACGGGACGAACCGAUACAUUACAAUAAAAUAGAUGGUGAGAAAUUGUUUCUGGAGCAGCAUUGCAUGAAUAGAAACAGCUUUUAGUGAUCAAUUAUGGAUUAUCGAGUCGAGCGAGGGAAAUAAUGUCAAGUGUAAAGGUUAUCUGGGAAAGCUUAAUGGUUGCAGUAUGGCCGUACCUAUAUUUAGAAUGCGUAAUGGUGUUGGCUAAAUGAAGGGGUUGAAGAAAUGACCAAGUAAUCAGCCAUCCUUGCCGUUCUGGUGGCACACAUGGCAAGUGUAAAAUGUCUGCAUGGUGGAUAAAUAGUUGUUAGAUAGUGUUGAUUAAUCCAUGUAGCUCUUAAACCCGAAUAAUUGUAGACUCGUGCCCUCAGUCAUCCUGGAAAACCCUUUCUGCGUUAGUAUGUAAAAUCGACUAUGUAUGUUAAUUAUAUCCCUGUUUCAUGUUUGUUAUUUCCCUCCAA